UGCAGUACAACCAAGGGGUAUUCAGUACACAUUUGGUAGUGCGAAAAAAAUGUUUACCAAAUUAGCUCUCCUCUCUGCUGUGGUGGCGGUGGCUUUAAGCGCCCCUGCUGGGCCUGUGGAACCCGUCCCCAUUCUGAAGCAGACUUCCGACAUUCAGCCCGAUGGAAGCUUUCAGUGGAACUACGAAAGUGGCGAUGGAACCAAACAGGAACAAGUCGGUUCUGUUAAGGCUGGACCCACACCUGAUGAAUCCAUUGCUUCAGUUCAAGGAUCCGCCUCCUGGGUUGAUCCUGAGGGAAACCCUCACGAGGUGACCUACGUGGCAGAUGAGAACGGGUUCCAGGCUCAAAGUGCCGACAUCCCAGUUCCUCCAGAAAUUCCCGCUCAGAUUGCCAGGGCUUUGGCAUGGAUUGCUGCCCAACCUCAAACAGAACCUCCGAAGUCUUCCUAAUGUGCAUCAAUAAAAAAUUAAAUAGUUUUACUGGA